GGCACAGCUGAGUACCUCCUAUGCACCUAAGGUGUGUACCUACCUACCUAGAGCUACGACGACGUUUAAGAUAUUCCCUAACGCCAGCCGCUACACAUCCAAGCACGAUGGCGGCGGCAGUGGCGGCGGCGGCGGCGGCGACGGUAACGAAACCGCCGUUUAAGAUAGGGACGAAGCAAGUUUUCUUACCCCGCCACGUAGUAGCUCUUCUACGGUCGCGGGAGAACGAACCGCCGCACUUCGCGACGUUCAAGGUGCCGCUGACGUUCAACAAGCUGGAUCUUCGGGACUAUUUGCUACACGUAUACAAUGUACCGGUGACGGCGGUGCGAUCUCAAUUGCGACUACAGCGGCCACGAAAAUCGACGACGCGCCGGCGACUCGUAAUCCCACGCCCAAUAAAGACGAUGACGGUGGAGCUGACGCGGCCGUUCGUGUGGCCGGAGCGCCCGACGGACGUGACCGCGUGGAAUACACCGCAUAUGGAGCGCCAGAUCCGUGAGAUGGAGAAGAACCGCCGCAUGCAAGACCAUGCCACGAAGACCGGCCGUAUCCCCCUUCACGCGGAAGAAGGUGAUGAUAUCGACCGUACCCGCCUCCGCGCCGAUGCCGCGAGGGUGUUGAAAAGUGGUAGUUGGACCAAUGGCCGGCCGCUCGACCCCAAGUUCGCGAAGGGACAGGCACUAGACGCAGGCGAUAGCCAGGACCAGGGGCAGCCUGGGGGGGAGAAGCGGAAGAAGGAGAAGAAAAGAUGGAAGAAGAGAGAUGAGCAAGAAGAGAGAUAGGGGCAAUGGGUUAAUAUCGCCCCUCGCUAGAAAUAGCGGUGGAAGACGGGUGGGAAACUAUGCCGGAGGCCUUGAGUAGGCAACGUUAGUAAGAGAUAAC